AUGUCUCAACCAACCCAGUUUAGAUUAUUAUACGACUUUUAUCCUGAAAGUCCUAGCGAAUUGGAAGUCCUAGCCGGUACUAUUGUGUCUCUUUAUGAAUCGGAAGAGAAAGACGAGCUAUGGACGUGUAUUAUCCGAGAAGAUGGAAAAACUGGUUUUGUGCCAACGUCAUAUCUAGAACCCUUUAACAAUUCAUCGUUUCCCGAACCCAACGAAAAUACUACUGAAAAUCCGCAUCCUUAUUCCGAUGCAGAUACCUCAUCUGAAGAUGAACCAGAUGGAUUGAGUACUGUCACCAAUAGACAGGAAACGGUUACGAAUACAACUACCAUUACAGGCUCAAAGACUGAUGCAAGUCGUAACACUGUAUCCAAAUCUCUGAUAGCGAGAUCACCAUUUGCUAUAUUUGGUGCUGAGAGAUUUCUACGUGGCGAAGAAAAUAAGCUUGAUAUUCAAAAAUUAAUGGAUUACGAAAAACAUAUUAUAGUGGUUAAUAAGAAUGGUUUAACCUGGAAGCCGGCCAAAAAUGAAUGUACUUAUCGAAUUGGAAGCACAGAAACAGAUUCUAAAUAUGCUGGAGCAAAAACCUAUACAACCUAUAAAAUCCAUCCUAUACAUGGAGAUGAUGAAGCCAUCAGAAGACGAUAUAAACAAUUUGACUGGCUAUAUGGUCGCUUGGUUGCUCGAUUUCCUACAAUUGCCAUUCCUAAAUUACCUGAAAAAAGGAUUAGAGGUCGAUUUAGCGAAGAUAUUAUCCAAAUGAGAAAAGAAUUGUUAGAAACCUGGUUAAAUCGACUAGCUAGACAUCCUAUCAUUAAUGAAAGUCAAGUGUUUUCAGGGUUCUUGAAAAAGCAAGAUCAAAUAGAAUGGAAAGAAUUUAAACGUAGAAUGGAGAAAGAUCCUGGAAAUUAUUCGGGUUUCUUUGCUCGAACAGAAAUAAAAGAUCUAUUUAAUAAUAGCCUAAAUUCAAUGCUAGGAAAUGCUGCUAGUUGGGAAAAGCUAACCAAAAAUUUACAAGAAAGCAUAUCUCACUUUAGAGAAGUUCUCCAGCAUCACUCUACAGACUUUGCCCGUUGUUAUCAAGAUGAAUAUGUAGCUAUGGGCAAGGCUAUUGGCAACCUUUCAUCCUGUUUUCAAUCCGAAAACCAUUAUCCAGAAGAAUUUAAAUUUGCUGUUAAAUCAGUAGGUGACAUCUUUUCAGUAACCGGAAAAGAAUUUCACAAUAAGCAAGUACAAGAUGCCGUGCCUCUUCGUAAAGGUUUAGAUGAAUAUCUCAAUCUCCUCUCGUCACAUAAACAGCCACAGUCCAUAACAAAGGAUACUUUAAAGAGAUUAAAGGAAGCCAGAAAGCAUCAAAAUGAUUCUUACAUCAGCGGUAAAUGCGCCGUUGUAUAUGCUACUGUUGAAGCUGAAAUGAAUCACUUUCAGCAAGAAAGUAUUCAAGAUAUAAGCGAAUUAAUGAUGCGCUAUCUACGUUUUCAAAUUGCUUAUCAUAAAACGGUCACUCGCAAAUUUGAGCAAUCUUUAGAAUCAUUUAUGAGAUUUAGUGGUAAAACAGUAAUCGGCGAAAGUAAGGAUUCACCAACAAUUGAUACUCCUCCACAAGCAAGUACCAAUUUUUCAUCACAUGAAAAUAGAUCUUCUCCAAAGCCUUCACCAAAAUCCGUACCACCAUCAGCAAACGUAACUGCAUUAUCGUCGUCGCCACCGCCACCACCACCACCGCCACCACCAGAACAGCCAGCAUCAUUUUAA